GUCAAGAUGGUUCUCUGUUCGACAUGCGACAUUUCGCUCACUCCCGAGGAUCGCGUUGCACACAUUAAAAGCGAUUGGCAUAUCUAUAACCUGAAGCGCAUCGUCGCCGGUCUCCCUGCCAUACCGGAAACCAUGUUUACAGAAAAGAAACAAUUUUUUACUGGACCAUUGAUUCAACCGGAAAAAAAAACAUACUGCGAUGUCUGCAAGACUCCCUUUGUCAACAGUCGAUCAUACGUUGCUCAUUUAGCUUCAAGGAAGCAUUCACGCAACGCGGAGUUAAAGCCCCGCACUCAUAACGAUUCUGCUUCAAAUGGCCCGGUAAAAUCAUCCGCUUUAGAGCCAACAGAGACUGAUGAACCUCCACAAGCACUGCGUUUGGGUUCCUGUCUAUUUUGUGACCGCGUUUUACCACCAGACAUGACGUUGUGUGAAUCAGAAAGAGACGAGUCGCUGGCCCAAAGAAUCCUGAUGCACAUGUUCGACUCGCACAGUUUCCAACUUCCAUACCCCGAUAAUAUCGUUAAUGCUCCUGGUUUGCUCCGGGAACUUGGUCGAAUUGUCGGUAAGGAGAGAGCGUGCCUAGCCUGUGGUCGUCAAUUCUAUGGUCGUCGAUUCGACAAAGCCGACGACAUGCAGUCCAACAGCGUUGUCGCCCUAAAAGCCGUUCGCAACCACAUGCUGGACAAGGCUGGUCACAUGCGUGUUUGGUGUGGUACAGACGAUCCUGUCGAGGUGGCGUUGCUGGUUGCAGAAAAUGAGGAGCAAAAUCCCGGCUGUUCGGAACCUCAUCCAGCCGCUUUAGCCGGUGGUGAACUUUUCAGUCAAUUCUAUGACAAGUCUGUAGUCGUACCUCCCUUACUACUGCCUUCAUCAGAAGAAGCAUAUGAGGUUCAGUUGCCUUCUGGAACAACUGUUGGCCAUAGAAGCCUGAAGACAAUCUACCAACAAAGACUACCUGCACUCCCGAUCAGCCAAGAGCCAAGAAGAUCACACAUGCUUGCUGCCAUCGGGACUGGACAGACGGACAUGCCAGUCGGAUUACACACUGGCCUCAUGACAGGUCGCACGUUCGAUCCGCUCAAACGAAUAGCCGAUCGCCAUUCAGAAGAAUCCAGGAAAAAGUGGGAACUUGUGGUCGGACUGCGAGGGAACGAUGUAUAUAGAUCACGCCUGCGAAGGCAGUAUUGAUACAAUUUAUUUUCCUCAGAGAAUCCCCAUAUUGUCUUUGAUAUAUUUGAUUUCAUUUCAA